AUGAAGCAAAAAGACGGAGAAAGAUUUUCUGACUUUACGUUGCGAUUACGGCAGCAAGCUUCAGAUUGUGGCUUCGAUAAGUAUCCGAUCGAGGUCAGAGAUGUUUUAACAGAGAUGUUUCUUACGGACGCGAUAAUUGAGGGUUGUUUGUCUGUGGAUUUACGCCGUCGCAUCUUACAGCAAGAUCGUUCACUUACAGAGAUAGAAUCUCUAGGUGUAGCUUUGGAGAGUAUCGAAGUACAAGUGAGGGACUUAAACGGAAAGCCAAAGGAGAAUUCUGUUGGACAUCAUGCGUACAAAAUUACCGCUGCAUCUGACAAAGGUCGCAAUCCUAAGCCACGAGAAGUACAACACGAUUUUAAGAAGUUUAACAAAUUCUCCUACCCUCGGAUCUACCGAUGCUAUAACUGCGGCCGGCGCGACCACAUCUCUACUGACAGGGGAUGCCCAGCACGAAACAUCGAGUGUCGUAGGUGUAAAAUUACUGGACAUUAUGAGUCUUGUUGCCGUCUGCGAAACUCGAAGAAGCCAAUUUCGUCAGAGAAGAAUCGAAUUCGUGCUGUAGAAGAGGAAACAAGCGUACACACUCAGUUAAAUAAAAGACACUCAGAGCAGCCAGACUCGAAUAAAACCUACUAUACAUUCUAUUCGGGGAACAACACCAAUGUUAUCUCGUGUAAAAUUGGUGGAGUCGAUGUGGAUCUACUCGUCGAUUCGGGAUCGGAUGCCAACCUCAUUCCGGAUUCAGAAUGGGAACGGUUGAAACAAGCCAAGGUCGUCGUACGCAAAUGUAUCAAAGGUAGCUCCCGAAUCCUAAAAGGCUAUGCAAACGACUCGCCUUUGCCUAUCAUCGGAACAUUUGUAGCAAAUGUUAAAGCUGGAAGCAGUUCGGUCGAGGCAGAGUUUUAUGUCAUCAAAGGAGGACAGCGGUCUUUGCUCGGCGACAGUACUUCCAAACAGUUGGGACUCCUCAAGGUUGGAUUGGACGCGUACCAGGUUUCGAGUGAUACAAAACCAUUCUCUAAGAUCAAAGAUAUCCAAGUGCAAAUUCAUAUGGAUCCGACUGUAAAGCCAGUUUUCCAACCCAUUCGGCGAAUCCCAAUACCGCUUGAAGAGGCCGCCAAUCGGAAGUUGGAGCAGCUACUCGUUAAAGAUAUAAUCGAGGUAAAGCAAGGGCCAGCAUCUUGGGUGUCUCCUCUCGUUGUCGUCGGUAAGUCCAAUGGAGAACCUAGGAUUUGCCUGGACCUUCGUCGCGUCAAUGAAGCGGUUCUUCGGGAGAGACACCCGAUGCCCGUCGUCGACGAGUACCUUGCAAGGUUAGGAAAAGGAAAGUACUGGAGUAAGUUGGACAUCAAGGAAGCGUUUCUACAAGUCGAGCUAGCGGAAGAGUCACGUGACGUCACUGUUUUCAUCACCAACAAAGGGCUAUUUCGUUUCAAACGACUUCCCUUUGGCCUUGUCACCGCGCCGGAGUUAUUCCAGAAAGUGAUGGACCAGAUCUUAGCGGGUUGCGAAGGAACGUACUGGUACUUGGACGAUGUUAUCGUUGAAGGCAACGGGCGAGAGGAGCACGAUACACGACUGAACGUGGUACGUUGA